AUGUCUAUUCCAACCUUUGACGAGUUGCCGCCCGUGGAGGGCAUGCCGCAAGGUUGCGCUUGGGGUGUUUUCGAUAAGGACGGCAAGAAAGAUGUCUACGGAACAUUGAACCUGCUCACCCCUGAUGUCAUCAAGGAUGCAGCGGCAGAGGUUCGUCAAGGGUUGUCUAUCUCUCUGAAUUGGCCUAUUGGAAGCAUCAAGUUUCCCGGCUUCUUUCGAAAGAGCCUCUGCCACAAUGUUACAAAGCUGGAAGACCCAGAAUCCUCCUGUCAUUUUGGCUUUGAUGACGAGGUCGAAUUCAAUACGCAAGCCAGCAGUCAAUGGGAUAGCUUCACUCAUUUCACCCACCUCUCAACUGGCCUCGCCUAUAACGGAGUGAAACCAACAGUCGAAGCCCUCCAAACCCCCAAUCCCGAAAAUCAACUUCCCACCUUAGACCACUGGCACCAACGCGGUUGCGUGACCGGUCGAGGCGUACUACUCGACUUCAAACGUUACGCAGAGUCUCAAAAUAUCGAGUACGACGAAUUCUCCAGCUUCCGCAUUGGGACUAAGGAGUUGGAAGCGGUAGCCACGUGGCAAGGUCUAACUUUCCGAACGGGUGACAUUCUCCUAAUCCGAUUCGGAGUCACCGACAAACUGGGUCAGAUGAAUGGGGCGGAACAAGGAGCCGCGAUGAGUGGACACAAGAUAUGCGGGCUUGAGGGAAGUAAGGAGAUGGCACGCUGGCUGUGGGAUCAUCACUUUGCUGCUGUUGCUAGUGAUAAUAUGGCUGUUGAGGCUAUGCCGCCUAUGAUUGAUGGCGUCGAGCAGCCUAUGCACGAGCUUGUGUUGCACCAAUGGUGUCUUAGUUUGCUGGGCAUUCCGCUUGGUGAACUGUGGGAUUUGAAGGCACUCAGUGAGGCUUGUCACGCUAGUACGCAGUAUUCUUUCUUGCUUACUUCGUCGCCACUGAAUUUCCCCGGUGCCGUUGGGAGCCCACCUAAUGCGUUAGCUAUUCUUUAA